AGCUGUGGGGCUAGCCGAAGGCUGUCACUACUUAAGCCUUGUAGUAUUUGAGUGUACAAGGAUCUGGUGUGUGAGCAGCAUUCUCAGUGAGAACUGGAGUGGAAUCUGCCACUCCCUGCAGGCGUUUCGUCCCCUCUCCCGGACUGCUGAGAUAUGUGAGAGCUGCGGAGAUGACUGUCGCUACAGGGAGCCGGCAGACACGAGGCUGUUCUUCAGGAUGCGCUGUGCCCAGAGGUCAAAGUAGCCCCAGGGUUUCAGCGAGAAGGGAAGUGGAACGCAGUCAGGGACUGGGAGCAACACGGCACUGAAGCCAGAGAAAAAAGUCGGGAGAGAGAGCCGCCUGUCACUGCUUUCGAAGCCGCCGCCGCUCAAGUGCCGACUCGUGAGUACUCUGCGUCUCCUGUCCUCAGACGAAGUCGGGAACGCUCCUGAAGAACUCUCCCAGUUAGCAAACGAGGUCCCGACAGCUGCCUUCACCUGCUCUCCCCACCUGCCUCAAGGACGGAGCCGCUGCCACCCUUCCCCUGCCUACCGGACGGAGACCGAGGGCAGAAGCUGACCGGUGCCGCCCCCUUCCGACCCAGGAGGAGGAGAUUGCGUUCCCCCUCCCUCCACUGUCCGGUCCAGCCAAAUUCAACACCUAUUUUCUCCUCCCGCUUCUCCUAUAUUCCCGACACCCCCUCGUCUUUCCCCUAUCCCUCCUCCCCAGAGACAGGGGAGGAGAAAAGUGCAGUCCAGGUCGUCAUGACUGAGCUGAAGGCAAAGGAUCCCCGGGCUCCCCACGUGGCGGGCAGAGCGCUCUCUCCCACCCAGGACGGAUCCCCUCUGCUGGGACGCCCGGACACAGGCCCCUAUCAGGCCAGCCAGGCUUCGGACGCGUCGCCCGCAGCCUCGGCCAUACCCAUCUCCCUGGACGGGCUGCUCUUCCCUCGGCCCUGCCAGGGACAGGGCCCGGACGGGAAGACGCAGGCCCAGCAGUCGUUGUCAGACGUGGAGGGGGCCUAUCCCAGAGUUGAAGCCACAGAGGGUGCUGGAGGUGGUAGCUCUAGAGCCCCAGAAAAGGACAGCCGUCUGCUGGACAGUGUCUUGGACACGCUCCUGGCGCCCUCAGGUCCGGGGCAGAGCCACACUAGCCCCCCUGUCUGCGAGGCGACCAGUCCUUGGUGCCUGUUUGGCCCUGAGCUUCCCCCAGACGCCCGGGCUGCCCCUGCCACCCAGGGGAUAUUGACCCCGCUCAUGAGCCGGCCAGACGACAAGGAUGGCGACAGCCCCGGGAUGGCUCCUGCCCAUAAAGUGCUGCCCAGGGGCCUGGCACCGUCCCGGCAGCUGCUGCCGCCGACCUCAGGAAGCCAUCACUGGGCCGCGGCCGCAGUGAAGCCCUCUCCGCAGCCCGCUGUGGUGGAGGUGGAGGAGGAGGAGGAGGAGGAGGAGGAUGGCUCCGAGUCCGAGAGCUCCGUGGGUCCGCUUUUGAAGGGCAAACCCCGGCCUGCGGGAGGCACGGCGGCCGGAGGAGCCGCGACCGGUGCUCCUGGGACCGCUGCAGGAGGCGUCGCCUUGGUCCCCAAGGAAGAUGCCCGCUUCUCGGCGCCUAGGGUCGCCCUGGCGGAGCACGACGCGCCCGCGACGCCCGGGCGCUCCCCGCUGGCCACUGCGGUGGUGGAUUUUAUCCACGUGCCCCUCCUGCCGCUCAACUCGGCCUUCCUGGCCGCCCGCACCCGGCAGCUGCUAGAGGGGGAGAGCUAUGACGGCGGGGCCGAGGCUGUCGGCGCCUUCGCCCCGCCGCGGGGCUCGCCCUCGGCCUCAUCCUCCGACUUCCCCGACUGCGCGUACCCGCCCGACGCCGAGCCCAGGGACGACGGGUUUCCGCUCUAUGGCGACUACCAGCCGCCGGAUUCAGAAGCCAGCCAGAGCCCACAGUACAGCUUCGAGUCAUUACCUCAGAAGAUUUGUUUAAUCUGUGGGGAUGAAGCAUCAGGCUGUCACUAUGGUGUCCUCACCUGUGGGAGCUGUAAGGUCUUCUUUAAAAGGGCAAUGGAAGGGCAGCAUAACUAUUUGUGUGCUGGAAGAAAUGACUGCAUUGUUGAUAAAAUUCGUAGAAAAAACUGCCCGGCGUGUCGCCUUAGAAAGUGUUGUCAGGCCGGCAUGGUCCUUGGAGGUCGAAAGUUUAAAAAGUUUAAUAAAGUUAGAGUUAUGAGAGCCCUGGAUGCUGUUGCUCUCCCACAGCCGGUGAGCAUUCCAAAUGAAAGCCAGAGAAUCACUUUUUCACCAAAUCAAGACUUACAGUUGGUCCCCCCACUAAUUAACCUGCUCAUGAGCAUUGAACCAGACGUGGUCUAUGCGGGACAUGACAACACCAAACCUGACACCUCCAGUUCCUUGCUGACCAGUCUGAAUCAGCUCUGCGAGAGGCAACUCCUUUCAGUAGUCAAGUGGUCUAAAUCACUGCCAGGUUUUCGAAACUUACAUAUUGAUGACCAGAUAACCCUCAUCCAGUAUUCUUGGAUGAGCUUAAUGGUAUUUGCACUAGGAUGGAGAUCCUAUAAACAUGUCAGUGGACAGAUGCUAUAUUUUGCACCCGAUCUAAUACUAAAUGAACAGCGGAUGAAGGAAUCAUCAUUCUACUCAUUAUGCCUUACCAUGUGGCAGAUCCCACAGGAGUUUGUGAAGCUUCAAGUUAGCCAAGAAGAGUUCCUCUGUAUGAAAGUACUGCUACUUCUUAAUACAAUUCCUUUGGAAGGACUCAGAAGUCAAAGCCAGUUUGAAGAGAUGAGAUCAAGCUACAUUAGAGAGCUCAUCAAGGCAAUUGGUUUGAGGCAGAAAGGUGUUGUCCUGAGUUCACAGCGUUUCUACCAACUUACAAAACUUCUUGAUAACUUGCAUGAUCUUGUCAAACAGCUUCAUCUUUACUGCUUGAAUACGUUUAUCCAGUCCCGGGCACUGAGUGUUGAAUUUCCAGAAAUGAUGUCUGAGGUUAUUGCCGCCCAGUUACCCAAGAUCUUGGCAGGGAUGGUGAAACCUCUCCUCUUUCAUAAAAAGUGAAUGCCGUUUUUAAUCUUUAAAAAAUUAAAUUUUGUGGUAUGUCUGUUUUUGUUUUCGUCAGGAUUAUGAGGUCUUGAGUUUUUAAAAUAUUCUUCUCAAAGCCUUACAUUUAUAACGUAUCAUACUGUGUACAUUUCAGAGACAAAUUGUGAGGUUUCAGUUGUUUUCCUUUAUAAAGCGUAACUUGAAUUUUUAAUGUUUUUGUGUAACCAUAUUUUCGUUAAGAGUUUACAAGAUUGGAAAAGUAUUAGAUUGAUUGCUAAAGUUAAUAUUAACCGUAUCAUUUCAUUACCAUUUAGGUGAGAUUUUAAACGUUCACAUCUAACAAAUCUACUUUAGAGGAAAAAAAAAUCUUAACACAUAAAAAUAAAAAGCUAUUAUUAUGUGCUCUUUCUAUGUAGCUCCCUUUGUCUCCCUGAUAAUAUUUACAAAACAGAAACCUUAAGAUGGUAUGCAGAAUUUUGUCUACAUGGGUGUAUGUACAUUUUUGCAAGGAGGAAAUUUUAUAACCUUCAUCAGAUUUUUCCAAAGAGUUUUUAAUGCAAAAAAUAUUUUAGAAAAGAGUUACAAAUUUUUGAAAUAGAUUGAAGCUCCUCAAGCUAGGAAAACCAGCUCAUAUGUUAAGACUGUUUCCCAGAUUGGAAACACAAACCUCUAAGGAAGUUAUUAAGUAAAGCCAUGUUAUUAUAAGAGAAUUACGGGUUUUGUAGUUUUUUGCUAACCUGUUUGGGGAACUGUCCUCUAAUAAGGUAUUCCGAAUAGAAAUAGGAAGUCAGAAGAGCCCCUAACAUCUAGGGCAUGUGGAAAGCACUUCACCUUACUGAGUCUCUGUUUCCUUACCUUUAACACUGGGGUCGUCUUAACUCUCCUGCAGAAUGUUCCUUUUGGUCCGAGAUAAUGGACAAAUCACAGGUUGAAAGUUUUUGAGUGACUCGGAUCCAAUUCUAAGGAAAUACUAGAUACUGGCU